GCUUUCUGGGCAAUAGCAACAACAGCAUUUUAUGGUCUAGCACGGUUAGGGGAACUCCUUCCAACAACACAACACGACCAAAACAAGGUACCAACAUUCAGAGCACUAAGAUUCGAGGAAAUCAAUCAACACACGUUCGCCACAAUUCAACUGGCACGCACCAAAAACCACAACACCGCCCAGCGCACAUCACUCAUUAUUAAUCCAACAUACGACGAUCUAUGCCCAGGCCGAUGGAUCAUGGGCAACAAAACGAUAUUUCAUCAACAAGCUCAAACGAGCCUUACCAUCAGAGGACGUCGCUGGCCACAGUUUCAGGGCCGGGGGAACAACAGAACUGGUCAUGCGGGGGGUCCAACUUAUAUUAGUCCAAAAGAUAGGUAG